UGUCACUAGGAGAGGAGCAGAGGCACAGGCACCAUUUGACCUCUCAGAUUUAGCUCCUGGAUGGAAGCCAGUAAAGCUGAGGAGCAGAGAGAAGCACAGGCAGCUUGUUUCGCAGAGCUCAGGGGGGAGUGAGAGGAAGACAAUGAGAACACAGAGGGGACAUUCAUCCUGAGAGACAUUACUUUCCCAGAAAAGUACAAGGGAUCUGGAAAAACAUUGCGCCUUGGAGAUAUUUCUACGUCUUACUCUCAUUGGUUCCGGCUCAAUCGAAAACCCUUUGUGGAGUGAUUGCACCCCCAGCACUAGCCAAGACCCUAAAGCUCUUAUGAUGAGGAUUUAACCCCUUAUGUCUUCUGUGCUAUGAGUUACCUUUUCAUCUUGGAAUAUAGGAUUUGGGUGAGAAUGAAUUUUAACAUUGAGCCAGGGUUUGGGAAGAGAAAUCCCCUCAGUUUAAAGGUGAUUCUCUAGUGGACAGAUGAUAAUGACUAGCUGGGUUCCCCGCUUUCUCAAUGGUCUCAUCUUAUUUCUCUUAGUAAUGUCUUCAAAAGGUAAGACAUCCUCUUCUGCACACUUCAGAGUUUGUGAGCCGUAUACAGACCACAAAGGUCGAUAUCACUUUGGAUUCCACUGUCCACGCCUUUCAGACAACAAGUCGUACAUCUUGUGUUGUCACCACAACAACACCGUCUUUAAGUACUGCUGUAAUGAGACAGAGUUCCAGAACGUCAUGCAGAUGAAUCUCACGUUGGGUUCUGAUGGCUAUAUGCAUAACAACUACAGUGCACUGAUUGGAGUCUGGAUCUAUGGAUUGUUCGUGGUCAUUCUGUUAAUUCUAGAUCUGAUAUAUUAUUCAGCAAUGAACUAUGAUAUUUGUAAAGUGUACCUUGCAAGGUGGGGGAUUCAAGCAAAAUGGAUGAGGCAACGACAGAGGCAAUGGGAUAAAGCAGCACCAGAGCCUUCCCAAGUACAGACUCAGUCUCAGAUGUCACAUGCUGUACACACUUUAAAAGGGGAUACUGUUAGUCCUACACUGAUGUCCUUUCAGACUUCAACUGCCUGAAUAACUAUAGUGCCUAAAGAUGGGAGAAGAUUAUCACCCAGAUAGAAGCCUGAGUCUGAAAUGCCAAUCAAGACAGAAGAAGGAAUGAAGGAAAAUGACAGUUAUGGAAUUUUUACAAAAGGGGGUUGGCAGAAAAGACUCUCACAGUAAUCGGGAUGUACUUUCUAACUGUUUGUAAGCAAUAUUUUUAGCGUGAGAAGAUUAUUUUUGAAUUGGACUGUCAAUAAGGAGUAGAUGGACUAUGUAGCUUGCCCUCAAGGUCAUACAUGUAGUAGACAGGAAACAAUGGCAUCAUUCGAUACAGCAAUGGCAGGCAGUGGUUAGUCUGCCGUAUUUGUUCAUAUGUUGUCAAGUACUUAGUCUAAAUGUCAGGCUAACAGGUAGGAGCUGGCCACAGUUGACUACCAAAAAGAGUAUGUUGUAUGAGAGAAUAUAAAGAACCACCUAGUGUAAAUUAUAAGGGUUUUACAGAGCACAUACUUCUAAGACCACUUAUCAUAUCCUUAUAAUCUACAAUAGAGGGCCUGUCCUUUUUAUAAUACCUAAGUGUUCCAAAUAAGUACAGAUGCACUUAUCACAGGUCAUUCAUGAUGGCAUCUCAACGUGCUGUGUAGACCAAUAUUAUUUACAGGAAGUUCUAUGUAGAGUGACGUCAAUUGUGUAUUAUGAUUCGUUAACUUUAGAUGAACUCCUGUAGGAGAGAUGCUUUUCCACUUUCAUUACACAUGAUUAAUGACAAUAAAUACUAUCAGGAUUGAA